CGCGCCCCGCGCGCCUCUCCGGCCCUUGCCCCGGCUGUGCGGGCCCCCGACGGGCCCAUGGGUGGCGGAACAGAGCGAGCGCCCUGAGCGCAAUACCGGCGUCGCGGGCAUCCCCACGACAAGCGAGAGCCAGGUCUGGCGCCAUGCACUAGGGUACCCAGAACGCUGCAAGGCCACCCCCUCCUCACUUCAGGGGUCACUCUCCCCACUGCCUACCACCCCACCAUGGCUGGGGAUCGGCUCCCGAGGAAGGUGAUGGAUGCCAAGAAACUGGCUAGCCUGCUGCGUGGUGGGCCUGGGGGCCCUUUGGUCAUCGACAGUCGGUCCUUUGUGGAGUACAACAGCUGCCACGUGCUGAGCUCUGUGAAUAUCUGCUGUUCCAAGCUGGUGAAGCGGCGCCUUCAGCAGGGAAAAGUGACCAUUGCCGAGCUUAUCCAGCCUGCUACACGAAGCCAGGUGGAUGCCACAGAACCACAGGAUGUGGUGGUGUAUGACCAGAGCACACGAGAUGCCAGCGUGCUGGCAGCAGACAGCUUCCUGUCCAUCCUGCUCAGCAAGCUGGACGGCUGCUUCGACAGCGUGGCCAUCCUCACAGGGGGCUUUGCCACCUUCUCCUCCUGCUUUCCGGGCCUCUGUGAGGGCAAACCUGCCACCCUACCAUCCAUGAGCCUCUCUCAGCCCUGCCUGCCUGUGCCCAGUGUAGGCCUGACCCGUAUCCUGCCUCACCUCUACCUGGGCUCUCAGAAAGAUGUCUUGAACAAGGAUCUGAUGACCCAAAAUGGAAUAAGCUAUGUCCUCAAUGCCAGCAACUCCUGCCCUAAACCGGACUUCAUCUGUGAGAGCCGCUUCAUGCGUAUCCCCAUCAAUGACAACUACUGUGAAAAGCUGCUGCCCUGGCUGGACAAAUCCAUUGAGUUUAUUGAUAAAGCUAAGUUGUCCAGCUGCCAAGUCAUUGUUCACUGUCUGGCUGGCAUCUCUCGCUCUGCCACCAUCGCCAUUGCGUACAUCAUGAAAACCAUGGGCAUGUCUUCUGACGACGCAUACAGGUUUGUGAAGGACCGGCGUCCCUCCAUCUCGCCCAACUUCAACUUCCUGGGCCAGUUGCUGGAGUAUGAGAGGAGUCUGAAGCUACUUGCUGCCCUGCAGAGUGAUGGACCUCACUUGGGGACCCCUGAGCCCCUCAUGGGCCCGGCAGCAGGCGUCCCACUGCCCCGGCUGCCACCAUCUACCUCAGAGAGCGCUGCCACUGGGAGCGAGGCAGCCGCCGCCGCUGCAGCCAAGGAGGGCAGCCCGAGUGCUGGAGGGGAUGCUCUAAUCCCCAGCAUAGCUCCAGCUACCAGCGCACUACAGCAGGGCCUACGUGGCCUGCACCUCUCCUCUGACCGCCUCCAGGACACCAACCGCCUCAAGCGCUCCUUCUCCCUGGACAUCAAGUCGGCCUAUGCACCCAGCAGGAGGCCCGACUUUCCCGGCCCACCCGACCCCAGCGAAGCCCCGAAGCUCUGCAAGCUGGACAGCCCUUCAGGCGGCACGCUGGGCCUGCCCUCACCCAGCCCAGACAGCCCAGACUCCGCUCCAGAGGGACGCCCACGACCCCGCCGGCGACGUCCCCCGGCCAGUUCUCCCGCCCGUUCCCCCGCGCAUGGCUUGGGCCUGAACUUUGGAGACACGGCCCGGCAGACUCCAAGGCACGGCCUCUCGGUCCUGUCGGCUCCUGGGCUGCCAGGCCCUGGCCAGCCAGCUGGCCCCGGAGGCUGGGCGCCGCCACUGGACUCCCCUGGCACACCGUCGCCCGACGGACCCUGGUGCUUCAGCCCCGAGGGCGCACAGGAUCCCGGCGCCGUGUUCUCCGCCUUCGGCAGGGCGAGCACAGGCACAGCUGGACCCAGUGGCAGUAGCAGUAGCAGCAGUGACCUGCGGCGGCGGGAGGUGCGGGCGGAAUCUCGGGAUGUGCGGACCGGCUGGCCUGAGGAGCCUACUACGGAUACACAGUUCAAGCGGCGCAGCUGCCAGAUGGAGUUCGAAGAGGGCAUGGUGGAGGGGCGGGCACGUGGCGAGGAGCUGGCGGCCCUGGGCAAGCAAGCCAGCUUCUCGGGCAGUGUGGAGGUCAUUGAGGUAUCGUGACCCCUCAGGAGUCCCUGCGCCCCUGCUUCAGCCCGGCCAGGUAUAAAUAUAUAUUAUAUAUAACACACAGAAAGGUAAAUGGUUUUACUGCAAUUUUUAUCAAGAAGUAAAUAUUUCGAUUUUUUUAUUUAUUUAAGCUAGUGAUCUGGCAACUGUGCGGGGCGGCCCUAAAGCUCUGUUUUUACUGUCCGGUAUUUAAACUGAAACAGGUUUCUAAGCAAUAUGAGGCCGCCUUCAAUCCCAAACUGGGUUGACAGGCCCGGGCCCCUCCUUGCCCCUCCUCUCUGGAAACAUUACUGACCUUGCAAAGAGCUGCCCAGCUUUCCUGCACUUUUUACAUAAGAAAAAGGGGGAAAAUGAACACAACAGCAACAACAAAAACCCAAACCCUUAUUUGCCACAAACUGAGCCGCAGACCCCUUGCCCUUUCCUUGCCUUGCCUUGCCUUCCCUUCCCUCCUGGUCUCUCUUCUCCUGUCUCUUCUGUCUUGGGCUCUGCAGCAAAGCCAUAGGUAAGGAGAGGGGGAGACCCUAGUGUCCCUGCAGAAGGCCCCACCAGCAGCGCCCCACACCUGAAGUUGCCAAGUCUUAGUGGCAUAGGGAUACCCUCUCUGCCCUUCACCCCAGGGCUGUUUCCUGGCAGGUGUUGGUGGGCACUGGGCCCAGUGGACCAGAGGUUUCAGGGACACUUGGACAAGGGGGUUCCUGAAAGCCAGGUGAGGUAGCCCCCAAGGCAGGGAUGGAGGCUCACACUCCUGUGAGAGGUGAGGUCCAGCUCCUUAGAAGGGCCCAGGUGGCCAUUCAGAGGAGGCUUCUCUCCCUCUCUCCUUUGCAGGUGCCCCUGCCCAGUGGGAAGCCCAGUGGACACUCCGGCAUGAUGGACUGUGGCAGUGUCCAGUGCCAGCAGGAGUUGCUAAGCUAGCUGGGGCUGGCAAGGGCUAUCUCUGCUGGUCAGAGGGGAGCUCUGGGUCCAGUAUGAAUGGGGGUAGAUCCAAGCUCUCAUUCUGGGCUCUUCCUGCCCCAGGUAGAACUUGGAAUUCAGGUGCACCUGCAGGUGGAGGGGCCUCUGAAGCAGGCCUCCUUGCAGAUGAGUAAAGUACCUAGCAAGCCCUUAGGCUUCCAGGAAAUGGGGAUCCUCAGCAGAGAAAGACCCCACCUAAGGGCAGAUGCUGGGGGAGUCCCCAUGACUGCCUCCAGGAGCUUCUCAGGAGAGAGCCUCUCUGUAUGCUCCCUUCCCAGGGUACUUUCCCACUGUCUUCAAGACAAUGUGCUAACCUCCACCCAAGAUGGCUUUGUUAAUUUUUUAUUUUUUAUUUUUAUUUUUUUGGCUCUGAGCCAGCCUAGGAGCAAAGAUAGGAAAGUACUAGCCACUCUUGCUGAAUAUCCUCUUGGACCAUCUGGGACCCAAUGUUUUGAGGCAGAGUAGGGGUUCUUACCCUCAGAUGUCCUCAAGUCUAGAAGUGGGCCUGUCCUUUGAGGAAGAAGCCAGGGACUUGUUAACAGGUGGCUGGGGCAGGACAGAGUCUUGGAAAGACCUAGGGUGGCACCUUUCUACCCCACCUCUCUUGCUGUGUCCUUCUGUCUGUUCUUCUUUUGACCCACUGCCCUAUGUUCCUGUCACCUUCCUUCUUAAGCAAAAGUCCUGUCCCAGUUCUCCUGACCCCACCCAUCCUGAUCCCUGAGAAAAUAAGCUAUUGUUGUAUUUGCAAUCUAUGGAUUAGAGGUUUAAGUAUUUAUUAUUAUUGGUUAAUUAUUAUUAUUAUUAUUAUUAAUUAUGUAAAUUUGCCUCCUGUCUGUCAUUGGAUUUCUGAGGUGACCCUAGGUGUGGAGGGUGCACUGGCUUCCCCCUCCAUGCCCCCACCCUACUGCUGUCCAGGAGACAGUGGUAUGGGGCCACCAGUUGGACCCUAAAGCUCCCCCUUGGGUCUAGUCCUUCUCCUCUCUUGGUGGAGAUAUGCUAUCUAUCCUGGACACAUGGGGCCCAUUAGCCUCAGUCUGUCUCUGUUUUCACUCACUCAUGACUCUGGUCUCCCCAAAGUGAGCAGACAAGAUGGAGGAGAAGGUCUCUGCUCUCGCCUCCUAUGUGUUGGAGGAGGUGGAGCACAGGCUUUCUCUCUGGUGGCUUUUUACCCACUGUCCAAGGUGUCGAGAGCAUAGGUCCUCUCUUGCUCUCACACCCCUUCUACCUGGUCACUGCCGGCACUGGAUUGGCCCAGAAUGCACCUGGCCCCCUCCUGUUGUUUUCUGGAAAGUCCAGUACAGGAGAGGUGGCUGGUCCCUUGCCCAAGGCUUCCGGUCCCUGAGGACCAGGGUGCCAGCUUACCCCUUGGGACCUUGCCCCAUGAGGCCGCACUUUCCUGUCCCUCCUUUUGUAUUUGAAACAAUGUGUUGUAAUAAAUCAUGAGACGGAUGUUUUCC